AUGCUAUCACCAAGUCUCAAAACUAUCUUUAACAUUUCACAUGGUUUGAAUGAAAUAAAGAUACAUCAUCAUCAUCAUCAUCAUCAUAAUUAUAUAAAUAAGAUAAAAACAAAUUGUAUCAUCUAUAUAUUCUAUAGAUUUUGUUUAACUCAUACAAUUCGAAAUCUAGAAGUACCAAAGUUAAUAGUUGAUGGCAUUGAUUAUUCAUUUUCGAGUGUUUUGGUAGAUUCACAUUUGGAUUGCUUCAUGCAAGACUCUGACAAUAGAUACUCUGAGAUUGGCCCGAUCAAGAAGAAGUUGAACAUGUCCACAAUGAUCACUGAGGAUGUUCGUAGACGUAUCAAAGACUCCUCUCAAAAGGCUGAGAUUGAAAAGCGUCACAAACAUACUGUACAGGUUUUAGAUUUAGCUGGAAGAAAAGCAAAGACAUCACCAGUUGCCAAGUACUCAACACCGUCAGCAUCUUCACAGACACUACCAUCGAAACCACCGAAACGUUAUGCCGGUAACAAGACAAUAUCAACAUCGUCAACUCUUCACUCUGUGAUGUCAACGAUUGCUUCACAGCAACAUGGAUUACCAACUAAUAGUAAUAAUAAUAGUAUUAGCAAUAACAAUAAUAAUAGCAAUAGUAGUAGUAGUAGUAAUGGAAGUUCAUUAUCACCAAUACCAUUAUCACCAGAGCCACAAGGUUCUUCACCAACGGGCAGUGGCAGUUCAAUAUCACCAAGAAAGUCGCUGUCUCCACUACCCACCAAUACUAACAGCGUUGGUGGUAGUAAUAACAACAAUAACAACCGUUUUGCAUCACCACCUUCAUCUAUUCCAAUACCUGUACCUACAAUAACAACUACUUCACCACCAUUACCAACGAUUCCUUCAAUGUUAGGCUCAGAGAAGUCAUCGUCAUCGUCACGUCAUCAACAACAACAACAACAACAAUCAAAGAAUAAUAAUAAUAAUAGUCAAUCGAGAUCACCACCUAUAUUACCAUCUAAUAGUAAGAUAACAACAUUACCAACAUCAUCAACAACAACAACCACAUCUAAUAAACAAUCAAGUAAAUCACAAACAUCAUUAUCAUCAAGAAAAUCAACAACAGGUCAACAACAACAACCAUCUAGUAAAUCUAAUAAGUUAUAUCCUCCAAGCUUGUCGAGUGGAGGCGGAACAUCACCACCUGUAUCACCACCAUCAUCACCACAAACCAUUUAUAAUUCAAAUAGUAGCAAUAGUAAAUAUAACAGUAGUAGUAGUAGUAGUAGCAGUAGUAAUAUAUCAAAACAACCACUUUUAUCAAAUCAAUCAUUACCAUGGACAAGAAAUGAACAGAAAUCAGAGAGUGCCUUGAAAUCACCAAUACCAACACCCACACCAAUCAAACCGAUUACAUCAUCAUCAUCAUCAAAGAAUCAAAUGGAUAUAGAUGAUGACUUAUCAUCUGGUAGUAGCAGCAGUAGGGUAUCACCAAUACCACCAGAAUUUGAUCAUCCUUCAUCAUUACUCAAGAAACCAUCGAAACAACCAAUUUUACCACCAACACCAACAGCACCAGUAUCAACUCAAUUAAAUGGAUUGCCAACCAAUAAUACAGCCAAUGAUAUAGUUUCAAAUAAAUCAUCAUCAUCAUCAUCAACAACAACAACAACAACAUCAACAUCAACAAACAGUAUAAAACAACAACAAAAACAAGAGAAAGAAGCAGAGAAGGAAAGAGAAAGAGAAAGAGAAAGAGAAAGAGAAAAAGAGAGAGAAAAGGAAAAGGAAAGAGAAAAAGAGAGAGAAAGAGAAAGAGAAAGAGAGUUGAAGGAACAACAAAAAGAAAAGGAGAGAGAACAAAGAGAAAGAGAAAGAGAGUUGAAAGAACAACAAAAAGAAAGAGAACAAAGAGAACAAAGAGAAAGAGAAAGAGAGUUGAAGGAGCAACAACAACAACAGCGCGAAAAAGAAAAAGAGAAAGAGAAAGAGCAGAAGGAGAAGGAUAGAAAGCUGCGACAACAACAACGUGAGAAAGAGCAGAAAGAAAGAGAAAAGGAGCAACAACUUCAACGUGAGAAGGAGCAGAAAGAAAGAGAAAAGGAGCAACAACUUCAACGCGAGAAGGAGCGUGAGCAAAAGGAACGCGAACAGAAAGAUCGUGAGCAAAAACUGAAAGAGCAGAAAGAGCGUGAGCAAAAAGAACAGCUGCAACGCGAGAAAGACAAAGAAAGAGAACAACAAUCAUUAAUUGAAAGAGAAAUUUAUAAUAACAAUGGGGGACAUAAUAGUCAAUCUAUCCGUAAUAAUAAUAAUAAUAAUCAUAGCAAUAAUAAUAAUCAUAGUAAUAAUAAUAAUAAUAAUGGCGAUGAACCAAAUUAUAAUAAUAUAGUAAUAAGUAGUAGUAGCAAUACGAUGUUUACAAUCAACAAUGAAAAUGACUAUCGAACUUUGGUGGAGACAUCCCGCAGGAAAUACCUACGAUACGAACAGAUCUAUAUGUUCAUCACUAAGAACAUCGAAGACUUUAGGAAACUUCAGAAAUCACUCGAUGAAUGUACCAACGAAUCUCAAAAGGUUGAACUGAGAAAGGAUAUUCAAAAUCUAUACGAUGAACGAGAUGAGAAAGUAAAAAAAGAAAAAGUAGAAUAUAAGAGAUUGGAAAAUGAAAUUAAAUCGAUAAAGAAGGUUUUAAAUGAUUAUAAUCAACAAAAGAAUAGCAGUGCUGCUAAACAAUGA